AUGAGGUACUCUACUGUCGGCAACGGAACGACUUCAUCUGCUUGGGCGUCAGCAUAUGCUCGUGCUAGGGAUGUCGUAGCUCAAUUGACACUGGAAGAGAAGUCCAACCUCACACAUGGUGUCUCUGGCCCUUGUGUAGGCCAAACAGGUGCUGUACCUCGCCUCCAAAUCCCGGAGCUCUGUUUCGCAGAUGCACCAGCUGGUGUGCGAGGACAAGAGUUUGUCUCAGCUUUCCCUGCCGGUAUUCAUCUUGGAGCAACCUUCGAUAGAGGGCUUAUGCUCAAGUAUGGCCAGGCUCUUGGAAAGGAGUACAGAGGCAAGGGGAUCCACGUCGCCCUGGGUCCAUUCAUCGGACCCAUUGGAAGAAUAGUAAGAGGUGGCCGGAAUUGGGAAGGCCUUGGAUCGGAUCCAUACCUGAACGGUAUCGGAGGCGGUGCCAUCACUAAAGGCAUUCAAGAGAAGGGUGUAAUCGCUACACCUAAGCAUUGGAUUGCCCAGGAACAAGAGUACAGGCGCCGCCCUGGCGAAGAAGGCGAAGCCGUAUCGUCCAACGUAGAUGACCGGACAUUGCACGAGCUCUACGCCUGGCCAUUCGGAGAUGCUCUAUCAGCAGGAGCCGGUUCUAUAAUGUGUUCGUACCAGAGGAUUAAUAACUCGUACGGAUGCCAGAACAGUAAAAUUCUUAAUGGUAUCUUGAAGGAAGAGAUGGGCUUCGAGGGCUUCGUGGUUUCUGACUGGGAUGCUCAACACGCUGGUGUUGCGUCAGCUAAUGCAGGACUCGACGUUGUUAUGCCUGUUCCUAAGUUCUGGGGAGGCAAUCUGACCGACUCCGUCAAGAAUGGAUCGGUCACAACCGAGAGGCUGGACGAUAUGAACGCAAGACUACUCGCAGCAUGGUUCUACCUCAACCAGGAUGAAGGCUUCCCCGAGAACGCGGUAUACCCGUACAAUGUCAAGCAUGAGAUUGUUGACGUACGCGAAGACCAUGGAUCCCUCAUCCGGGAGAUCGGGGCUGCUGGAACAGUGCUGGUGAAGAACGUCAACAACACCUUGCCGCUGAAACAUCCCCGCUUCCUUAACAUCUAUGGCUAUGAUGCAGAAGUUAAGGCUCAACCUUGGAACAACAACGCCCGCUUCGGUGGUGGCUACGAGGAGAAUUUUGGCUGGAGCACGCUCAACGGUACCCUGAUCACUGCAGGUGGAUCAGGCUCAAGCACGCCUCCAUACGUGAUUAGUCCCUUCAAGGCAAUCCAGGACCGCAUAAUCGCUGACCGUGGCACACUUCGAUGGGAUUUCUUCGGCGUCAACCCCACGGUAUAUGCCAAUGCUGAGGCUUGCCUGGUGUUCAUCAACACCUACGCAUCCGAGAGCUUCGAUCGCACUUCGCUCACUGAUGAGUUCAGCGACACCCUCGUCAACAACGUGGCCACAAACUGCUCUAAUACUAUCGUCGUCAUCCACUCUGCUGGCGUCCGCACAGUCGACGCGUGGAUCGACCACCCCAAUGUCACUGCUGUUCUCUUCGCCGGUGUUCCUGGUCAGGAAAGUGGACACGCAAUCGCUGACGUGCUGUACGGUGAUCUCAAUCCCUCCGGUCGCUUGCCUUACACAGUCGCACGGAAGGAGUCUGACUACGGCCACUUGCUGAACUCAACCUUCGAGCCCGAGAUUCCGGCUUUCUUGCAGUCCAACUUCACUGAAGGGCUUUACAUCGACUACCGCCAUUUCGACGCGCAGAACAUUACACCACAGUACGAGUUCGGAUACGGCCUUUCGUACACCACAUUCAGCUAUGCCGACUUGAUAGUCGAACCUGUGUCGAACGGCAGUCUCUCGGCUUACCCGUCACCGUCAGUGCCGAUUGUCCAAGGAGGCCAUCCUGAGCUGUGGGAAACCGUGUACCGUGCGACUGUAAACAUCACCAAUACUGGGAAGGUUGCUGGACACGAGGUAGCACAGUUGUACCUCGGUGUACCCAAUUCGCCCAAGAAGCAGCUGAGAGGCUUCGAGCGUGUUGGCCUCUUGCAGCCUGGUGAGAGCGUGGAAGUAGAAUUCUUGCUGCACAGGCGCGACUUGAGUAUCUGGAAUGUCGUUUCCCAGAACUGGGAGCUUCAGAAGGGCACAUAUCCGGUCUGGCUGGGAGCUAGUAGCCGUGAUGUCAGGCAGGAAAGUGAAAUUGUUGUACAGUGA